AUGCCCGUCUCGAGAAACAGCGUCGACUACAAGACCGCGCUGCUACGAUUCCUCCUCAAGACUCACGAACAGUUCCCGGAUCCUGACAUCCGCAAGUUCUGGGACCAUGUUGCAGACCAGUUCUCAUAUCCCGACCUGCCCACGCCCCAAGGCGACGAGCUCGAGGAGUUUUGUGACACCGAAGUCCAGCAAUGGCAGAUCGAGUGCGACAGCUUCACGAAGCGCCGACGGAAAGGCCAUGAAAAGGGAUCGCCAUACGACAUCUUGAUGGACCAAUGGGCCGAGACCUGGGAUGCACGACUCUUGGACCAUUGGCAGCACCUCGUCACCAACCCGGGCCAGAACCAAGGCAACUUCGACGCUGUCCCCUCAGAAUUUCGUGCAAAAGUGAAAGAGAGGGUAGCAGCCAGUGAAAGGAUCGACCAGAAGUCGGGCCAGGGCUCUGCCAAAAAGACACCUCCACGCAAAGCAAAGGACCAGCCGCGCACCAGCCAGACCGAGAGCAGAAACUUCGAGUAUGAUGGGGAGAAACUGAAGCGGGUGGUUGAGGCCGCCAAGCAGCGAGCAUGUGAUGUGGGCAAGCCUGAUCUUGCUCAAGCCGUCAACCAGAUCUACCUUGAUGCAUUGAUAGACAUGCGGCUUCGCGUUCUGCUGGAAGCUAUCCUUACCCAGGAAGCAACUGCCAAGCAGAAUGAAGAAUUCCAAGAAUAUGUCAGGCGAGCCAAGAGGAAGCUACGAGACACAAAGGGAAAAGACGACAAGCAGGCAGACUCCAAGAAAAGCAGUCCGCAGGUUCAGAUCGCCAACAAACAACAGAAGGUCAGCGCAGCCAAGAAGGACAAAGAUAAGACUCCUGGUGUCGGUGCCACUCAAGGCUCCAUCGACAGCGGCUACGGCAGUCAGAGAGACGACAAGGUUACGAACGACAGUGUAUCUGGUAGCAGCUUCAGCCGUGGCAACAGCGAAGCCGUGGACGGUAACAAACGUAGACGGGCAUCGAUAACGUCGGCAGCCGCUGCUGAGCAGGCCGACCUGGAGGAAGCUGAGCGUGCUUCGAAGCGCAGAAAGCAAGCAGAUGAUCGUGACGACAGCGGCAGCUAUGGGCAAAAGAAACCGAAGAGCUCUGCCCUCAAGCAUCCGAUGGCCAAGCGCGCACCGAAUUCAGCAGAGAGCGGUUCCGAGCUAUCAGAAGCUGGAGACACAGAUAUCGAGGCGGCUAAGGAAGCAUAUGUCGACGAGAUGGUGCGCAAAAAGUCGGCCGAAGCAUCAAAACAAGCCAUCGAAGAGCAAUAUGGUCCAGUGUCUCCCACCGUGGCAGACCAUCGAUCACCGGCUGCAGAGUCAUGGCGAUCAAUGCCUUCGCCGAACUUCCCAGCGUCAACCCCAGCCCGAGGAGCAGAAGCCCAAGCUACUGCUGGAGCUUCCAAUACAGGACCUGGAGCAAGUACCGCGGUGAUGAGAGUGCCUAGCCCACCUCCAGAGCAGCUCACCGAGGAUGAAGGCAGCCAUGCAUUCAAGAUCAUUACCGGCGCAACCGUAGAAGCGAUGGCACCAGCCAUGGAGCGGCUUGAAGCCAAAUUGGACUCGCUAAUAAGCCAAAGACCGCAAGAAAAUCCUCUACAAGACAUGAUUAAUGCAUCCAAGUCCAAGUCGAAAGGCAAGGAUGCUGCUACUUCUGCCAGUCAGGAUCUGGUGAACGUGGCCGAUAUGCUGCAAUCUGGCGAUCUGGAUUUGAAGAAUCCUGACACCACGAAGCUCAUAUCGCAGCUCGCUCGUAACGCAGCUGAAGCCUCAAUUCACGCAGCAGAGGCAGCAAGGCGAGCUGGAGAGAUGGCGAGGGACGUUAGCAUGGUUCUCAUGCAUCUUGGCACAAAACAGACGGGCAAGCAGACGGCGAAAGGUGGUCAACGCAAGCAGGAAUAG